UAACGGUGUGUGCACACUUAAUCGUACGAACAGCUGUUGUGUUGUUGGCUUCCAGCAGGAAAAUGGAUGACGUCGCCAGCGCGCAAAGUGAAAAUGAAAAUUUGCGUAAAAUACGAAAUCGUUUAAUGCAAUGGGAGACCAAAAACGAUCCACUCGCCGCACUCAAUGCUCAGCAAGAGGAGCACUUGGAAGUGCUAACCAGCUUAUGGCAGGACGACGAAAUAACGGCAACCACAACUCCUACUAAAGAAGUCAACAAACAAUUGGCAACCAGCAGUGGGGUUGACAUACAACAAUUGCCAGCGGGCGGACUGCAGAAUACAAAUGAUUUUCUGCUCUGGUUCGUCAACGUCAAUGCGGAGAUUGAACAACGUGGCGAUGCCGAUUAUCACAAGUAUCUGCAGCAAUUGGAGCAACGUAAGGCGGAAUGUGCUCACAUGCUCACACAAAUCUCAGUGGCCAUGGAACGAUUGGGUGCCUUAAGCUCCGAAUACGAAUUUGUCUCCCAGAAGACAAGUGCAUUAAAUACGGCCAGUGAACAGUUGAUUGAUGAGCAGCAGAAACUGCAGGAAUUAAACAGUGAGAUACAACGGCGCCUGCACUACUUCAGUCAAGUGGAGCUACUGCUGCAGCGGCUACAGAGUCCCACAUUGUCGGUGGCCAGUGAAGCAUUCCGUGAGUGUCUUAAUAAAAUAGACGAAUGCUUAAACUAUUUGGCAGAGCACCCCAACUUCAAGGAUGCGGCUGCCUAUAAUGUCAAGUAUAAGCAGUGUCUAGCCAAAGCCACUGGACUGGUGCGCAAUUACAUUACCAAUGUGAUCAAUCAGGCUACUGAGGCAACUCUUAAUCCACGCAAUAACAGCAGCGAUGCUGCGCUGCAAGCGCCUGAUGCCGCUUUUGCUUUGUACUAUGGCAAGUAUCAAACGUCAGCGGCGAAAGUGAAGCGUGUGGCUCAGUUGAUUGAAACGCGGCUGGAGAAUAGCAACAGCAGUGAGUACAGCCAACUGAUGACGGAUCUGCAACAACAUUAUCUGGCACAGCGAGCCAGUGUCAUGUCCCCAGCUGUCAAUCAAUCCAUACAGAAUGUAAAGAACGCUCACAAGGGCGAUCACUGUUCGCUGACGCGCAGUGCUUGCGCUUUUUUGGUGCACGUCUGCCAGGAUGAGCAGCGUCUUUAUUAUCAGUUCUUUAGUACUGGAGCUCCUCAUUUAACUGUUUAUCUUGAGGGACUUUGCACGAUUCUGUACGACACAAUGCGGCCGUUUAUCAUACACAUUAAUCAUUUGGAAACGUUGGCCGAGAUAUGCUCUAUUCUGCGCAUUGAAAUGCUCGAAGAACACGUGCAACAAAAUCCCGCUGCUUUGGAAGCCUUUGCCACUAUUGCACAUCAGCUGCUGCAGGAUGUACAGGAGCGUUUGGUGUUCCGUGCGCAUUUGUAUUUGCAGUCCGACAUCCAAAACUACAAUCCAUCAACGGGAGAUCUGGCCUACCCCGAAAAGCUGGAAAUGAUGGAGAGCAUUGCCUUGUCGCUUCAAGAGCCAACACAACUGCGUCGCUCAGACUCGCGCGCCUCCAUGAUGUCCACUGAAGCAGAGAGCGUGGACACCGCCUACAGAGUGAAGCAAAUGAAUUCGCCUGCUGAUCUGCAUGGCAUGUGGUAUCCAACUGUGCGUCGUACUUUGGUCUGUCUCUCGCGUCUCUAUCGCUGUGUGGAUCGCCCCAUAUUCCAAGGAUUAUCCCAGGAGGCCUUGAGGGUCUGCAUACAAAGUGUUUCACAGGCGGCGGUUAAAAUUGGCGCCGCCAAAACGCCUAUUGAUGGCGAACUCUUUGAAAUCAAACACUUGCUUAUUCUGCGCGAACAAAUUGCUCCAUUUCGUGUGGACUUCACUGUGAAGGAGACUUCACUGGACUUUAGCAAGGUGAAGACAGCUGCUUUUGGACUGCUGCAAAAACGCAAGCAGCUCUUCUCCAUGGGAAGCAAUAAUGCACUGUUGGAAUUUCUGCUCGAAGGUACGCCACAGAUAAAAGAACAUUUGCUGGACUCGCGCAAAGAAGUCGAUCGACAGCUAAAGACAGUGUGUGAGCAAUAUAUUAAGGAUGCAGUGCAUAUGCUGGUGGGACCACUAAUAACAUUCCUCGACAAGGCACAAGCGCUGUUGGCCACCACUGCAACAAGCGAUGCGUCCAAGGAGCCAGGAGCGACAGCCAAAGUCAACUAUGUGCUGCGUCAAAGCAGCUGGGCGAGUCCACAGCAGAUAAGCAGCAUUAUACAAGAGACACAGCGUCUUAUCAAGGCUAAGUUGGCUGUGCUGCAGCGCGCGAUGCAGCUGUAUUUGAGCAACCGUGAUACCGAGUUUAUAAUCUUUCGUCCCAUACGUAACAAUAUUAUACAAUCAUUUGUCAAGUUGGAGCAAUUACUAACGACAAAUGGCUAUACACAGGAUGACAUGAUCAUCACAAGUUGCCCCUCAGCGGAACAAGUGUCCAUUUUACUUUCUAGCGCCAGCAUCUUGGCUGCCGAGGGUGUGGCCAGCUUUGCAGCAGCGGCGCGCAAAAUCAGCACCUCAUCAUCAACGGGAGGGGAUUCAACAGUUGGCCGCAAAUUGAGCACAAUUUCCAAUAAGGAGCAGCAACAACAACAGCAGCAGGCAGUGGUAAUCGAGGAGCCGGAGAGUGAACAAGUUGCCCCUGCUGUUGUUAGCGACGAAUAGUUUUUGCAAUAUAUAGUAUCCUUA